CUAGUGUGUGUGUGUGUGCCACACAUCUAGUAUAACUGAUAUAUUUAUGUAUAUACUAUACUUUAUCACAUGCGACAAAACAAUCAGCAAUUAGAUGGCAAUGUGACUCAUGUUUUUGAAUAUGCGUAAACCGGACUUGCUCAGAUAAGCAAGUUUUUCGAUAAACCGUGAACACCGGGCAACUGAAUUGUAAUACAAACUAGAUUACUUUUUCGCGCAUACGCGACUGUGCCGUGACACAUCGCAACAGUGUGUUCCUACACACCUGGCGCUGCUCAGGAAAACGUCAAGUACGCGGCCGAAAUGUCGAGGAACGACGGCAAGAAGGACACCUCGGCGUCCGCGUUCCGGAAAAUUGACGUAGACCAAUAUAGCGACAACAAUUUCAAAGAGGAGGACGCCGACGGUGGCGUAGGCGCGCCCACCGGCCCGGACGAGAACGAGAUUUUGACACUUCUUAGCCAGGGUAAGAACGCAGAAGCACUGAUAUCAGUAUUAAAAUCCGCUCCGCUAGAGUGUAAAAACCAACAAAUCAAGGACAGUGCACGAAAUCUAACACUGAAGGUGCUUCUGAGUAUAAAGUCAAAUCAAAUGGACGAUUGCUUAGCACAAUUAGAUCGUGAUUUAGUGGAUGUUUUAAUGAAAUACAUUUAUCGUGGUUUUGAGAUACCAACGGAGAAUAGCAGUAGUCAUUUGUUGGUCUGGCAUGAGAAAGUAUUUAACGUAAGCGGUGUUGGUUGCAUUGUUCGUGUAUUCUCCGAUAGCAAACGGGCUUGAAAGUUUACGAUAACAGAUUCAGUAUGAUAAUUAUCAUUAAUUCACACUGUUAUUCAUUGGCAUUGUUAAUGCAAUGGGGAAGUAGAUAGGCGAGCCAUUCACAAAUUUCCAUAUGAGAAAUACAACAAAUUUGUGUACAUUUGUUAUCAAUAAAGUAAUUUUUAUUUCUUGUACAUCUCUGUGGAGAAAUAAUUCCUUACAUCUCUUUCACAUAAAUGUCUCUAAAGAAUAUAGAAACACUAAACAAUCAAUAUUUUUUAGUAUGUUAUUCAAUAUGUUAAAAAAAAAGAAAGAAAAAUUCGUGAGUUUUCAUAUGAUUUUUAUAUAACAAUAACUCAUCAGAUAAAACCACAAUGAAGUAUUAUUUCUACUUUGCCCUUUAUACAAUCUAACAAAAAUUUAUAUUUAUCAGAGGUAAAAAGUAAAAAGAUAUCGUACCACUAUCACAUGUUUUACGUAACAAUUUCAAGUUGCCGAGACUAAGAAACUACUGUUUUUGCAUUAGAACUACCUGGUUUUCUUUUUUUUUUGUUUUUUCCGAGAUCUUUCUCGAAUUAUUGAAGGCCCGAUUCAGUUUGUUUUUCAACUCAAUUGAAAAGGACCGGCUCGGAAAAAA